UUCAAUGAGGAGACAUGCUGUGUUAUAAUACAAGCAUACUGGCAAAUCUAAACUUCUCCACCUUUUCCAAACUUUUGGGUCCAACCCACAGUCGCAGUAUAAGAUUUCCACAUAAAAGGUAUUGAUAAACUGUACUGCUGGAAUAAACUACUACAAAAUGGAGAAAGAGGAGGAACUGAAGACAUAUGCCUUUGAAGGGAAGGAAACCAGAAGUAGUGCUGUGCUUGCUGCUGCUUUCUUUUCGGCGUUUGCUGCUUACAUGGCCAUUCAGAACCUACAGAGCAGCCUCAACGAAGCGGCAGAUCUUGGAAUCAUUUCUUUGAGCGUGCUGUAUGCAUGCAUUAUAUUUUCUGGAAUCAUGGCCCCAGCUGUAAUUCGAUUCAUGGGAAUCAAAAUGUCUUUAAUCUUGUCUUGGGUGAUCCACCUCCUGUAUACAAGCUCGAACUUCUAUCCGGCCUUCUCUACCCUCAUUCCUUCUUCAGUUCUCCUCGGGGCCAUCUCUGGUUUUCUGUGGACAAGUCAAAGUAUUUACAUUUCAGUCUGUUCUUACUCCCUUGCCAAGUCUACAGGAGCAGCCCCGUACGAUGUCCUCAGUAAACUGAACGGACUGUUCUUCACCGUGUUUGAGAGCACCCAAAUUCCAGGCAACCUUGUGUCGUCACUUAUCCUACGAUCAGGAACCUACAGCAAUGUCACAGGAGAAGCCGUUUGUGGAUCUGACUAUUGUCCUGGAGUAGCCAACGGAACGGACAUAGCUACUCCAGAGAUGAGCCUGGUGUACAUUUUUCUUGGAGUCUGCCUCGCAUGUGAUGUUAUUGCUUUGAUCAUCACAAUCGUCUUCUUACCACCGUUACCAAAAAGUGACUGGAGCAGCAAUGUCAGCUUGAAGCAGUCCCUGAGUUCAUUCUUUGAAACAUUAUUCACCAGCAAGCUGAUAUUCCUUGUUCCAUUCAUAAUGUUCCAAGCGGUGGAGCAAGCCAUAUUAUGGUCAGACUACACAAGGUCCUUCGUCAGCUGUCCUAUCGGAAUACACAUGGUUGGUUUCGUCAUGGCGACGUACGGGGCAACCACUGCUUCCUGUGCCUUCAUCUUCAGUCGUAUAGCGAAGUACAUUGGACGUUACAUCCUGUUCUUCGCAGCUGCUGUGUUACAAGGUGGGGUGUUUGUAACGCUCUAUUUAUGGACGCCGACAAGCGACGACACCAAGUACAUCUUCGUCAUUCCCAUCGUAUGGGCCAUCGGAGAAGGAAUAUGGGAGACACAGUCAAACUCUCUGAUAGCCAUGUUGUUCCCGGAGAAGAAGGAACCAGCCUUCGCUAACUUCCACACCUGGAAAGCCAUAGGAAUCACGAUCACAUUUGUUGUCAGCAACUUUCUGUGUUUGAAGACAAAACUUAUAUGUGUGUUGGCUUUGUUAGUCGUGGCGAUGGUCAUGUACGCAGGCGUGGAGAUUUACUCACGAGUGCACCAGAAGCGCAAAGAGAGCAAAGCUACCACUUCAUUAGAAAUUAUGUCAAAUGGCACAAAAGAAUCUAAAUACACAAAUUAACACCAUAUGACAGAUUAAAUACAAGAAAAAUGAAUCCCUUUUUCACAAACAGUCAUCUGUGACUAUUAGCCAUUCUUGUCAGAAAGGGGCGGUGGAGUAGCCUAGUGGUUAAAGCGUUGGCUCGUCACGCCGAAGACCCGGGUUCGAAUCCCCACAUGGGUACUAUGUGUGAAGCCCAUUUCUGGUGUCCCCCGCCGUGAUGUUGCUGGAAUAUUGCUAAAAGCGGCGUAAACCCAAAUUCAGUCAGUCAGUCAGUCUUGUCAGAAACGUGAAAUUGCGAUGACAAUAAAAUCAUGUUCC